AUGCCGAAGAGAGGAGGAAAGAGUCAUGGAGAGCUGGGUCGUGCCAUGGUGCGCGACAAGGAUAGGAAGCGGAGGGCCGCCCCCACCACACACGACAAGAUCAACUUCUAUCCGACAGACAUCGAAGAGACCCAGAAGAAGAAUGAGCUCAACAAGCUCAACUCCCUCACGCAAACCAGCGAUUUGGGCGAUUUCCUUCUGCAAGCCGAUCUCGCGGAGAAGGAGUUCUUUGCCGAGAAGCAGAACGUGGUCAUUCUCACCACGCAAUCGUACACAGUACGCACGCAGGCCACGGCCAAGCAGCUCGAACUGCAGCUCAAGCACGCCAACGACCUCAAAAUCCCGCGGAGACCUGCCUGGGAUGCCACGAUGACGCCUCUGGAGCUGGAUCACAACGAAAAGCAGUGCUUCCUCGAGUGGCGCAAAACGCUAGCCACGCUGGAGCAGCAGGAGGACCUGGUGCUCACCCCCUUCGAGAAGAACCUCGAGGUGUGGCGUCAGCUGUGGCGCGUGGUGGAGCGGUCCAACGUCAUCGUUCAGAUCGUGGACGCGCGUAAUCCGAUGGUGAUGUGUACAGAUUUGGACAAGUACGUACAGGAGGUCGACCCCGCCAAGAAGAGCCUGCUCCUGGUCAACAAGGCCGACUUGCUCACCACGAAACAGAGGCUCAUGUGGACGAGGUAUUUCCACUCGAAGGGGCUCCACUUCCUGUUCUGGUCGGCCAACUACGAGAAGCUGAGGCAGGAGGAGCGCGAGGCCGAGCUGAAGAGGCUGGAGCUGGAGGAGGCCGGCAUCAUCGACGCCGAGUCGAAGCCCGCGGUCAGGCACCGACAGCCGCGACAGCCGCAACCGGAGGAGGAGAGCUCGGAGGAGGAUGACAACGAAGAGGCCGAGACCGAGGCCGAGGAGGGCCCUCUAUCCAAUGACGAGGGAGGCAACGCCGACGCCGACGCUGCCGCCAACACGGCCGAUGGCGAAGAAGAGGGAGAAGAGGAGGAGGGAGAGCAGCAUGAGGAGGUGCAGUUGACCACCAACGAAACUGUCGAGGCAACGACCACCACUACGACGACCACGUCGGCCGAGGCUAACGUCGAAGCUGACGUCGAAGCUGAGAAGAAGGCGGAGGCGGAAGCGGAGGAGGACGGUCUGUCCGAGGAGGAGGUGGAGAAGCUCGCCAAAGUCCACGGCAUCGACGAGCUCUUGGAACACAUCUUGAGCUACUGCCCGCCCAAGGAGAAGGGAGGCGGAAUCACGGUGGGUAUGGUGGGCUACCCCAACGUGGGUAAGUCGUCGACCAUCAACGUGCUCUGCGGCGAGAAGAAGGUCAACGUGUCGAUGACCCCCGGUAAGACGAAGCAUCUGCAGACGAUCAAGCUGAGCGACCAGAUCAUGCUGUGCGAUUGCCCGGGUCUCGUCUUCCCGUCGUUCCUCACCACCAAGGCCGACAUGAUCUGCAGCGGUCUGCUCCCCAUCGACCACAUGCGCGACCCCAGGCCGCCCACCGCUCUCGUGUGCGAGCGGAUACCACGCAGCAUUUUGGAGGGUACCUACGGUAUCAUGCUGCCCAAGCCAACCGAAGAGGAGGAUCCGAACCGCGUGCCGACGCCGAGCGAGCUGCUCAAGGCCUACGGUCGCAUCCGAGGCUUCAUGACCGUUCACGGUUCUCCCGACGAGUCUCGCGCUGCACGAAUCAUCCUCAAGGACUAUGUCUCUGGCAAGCUCCUGUACUGCCACCCCGUGCCCGGCAAGGAGAAGGAGUACACGCAGUGGUGGGACGAGGAGAACGCGCGCGAGCAGUACAAGUCCUUCGGCUGGGACGUCAAGGAGACCCUCAGGCUGCCCACCGAAGAGGACACCGAAGCCAAGAGCGGCCAUGUGUCGUAUGAUGAGAGGCAGAACCAGGUGCUGGCCCACUCGGCGGGCCGGCGGAAGGGCAAGAAGGGCUUCACGCGCGUCCAGAACACGUACCACUCGGUGGUGCCGGUGCGAAAAAUCGCCCAGGCCCAGAUCCACGCCAUCCAGCAGCGCCACAAGGCCGCCCAAGCUGCCGCCCAGGCCCAGGCCCAGGCCGCCGCCAACCAGCCACCCCAGUAG